AUGGACCAGGAGGAAAAUGCACUUCUUUCUCGUCCUACACAAAAUUAUAAUACAUUGGACUCAUCAGGAAUUGACAUAAGUCCUGAAACUCCACUUCUACCAACAACUUCUUCACCUCCACAAAACCAGCGUCAUCGGUUGAGUGGUGGUAUUGGACCAGUUUUAAGUGAAAUGAAGAUACCGUUAAAAAUUCGAUUAUAUUUACGUGAUGUACUAUUACGUUUUUCACAGUUUAUCCUUAUCCUUGUAUUUCUUUUCACUUUUUUGACUAUUUUUAAAUAUAAAGCUAUACCCGAUUCAAAUGAUUAUUCUGAUAUUGAAUUUAAUCGGAGAUUUGAUCCUAGAUCUUAUAUGACUCCAAUAGAUAAUGAUUUUCAAAAUUUUCUGAUAGUCGAAUGA